AUGAUUUUAGACAAGUUUAAAAACAUAGUUAACUUAAACAAUCCCAGUGCAGAAAAAGAUGAACCUAAAAAUGUAGAGUUGAAUGAAAAUCAAAAUCAUAAUGGUCCGCAAUCUGGGGAACAAUCCAUAGGUGAAACAGAUGAAAAAACCUUCUUUGAUGAAAUGCUAGGAGCACCACAAUAUACAUAUGAUGAAUUUUUACAAGUUUUAAAAAGUCCACAAGAAGAAAGAGGAGAUACAGAUGACUUACGAAAACAUUGGGGCUACCCUAGGAGAUGGAAAGUUAUCUUAUGGGAUUUGCAAAUUCAGAAUUAUAUGAACAACGAUUUUAAUGCUUUCGUUGAUUUUGAUUUUGGUGGUAACAGGGAAGAAUGUAGGAUUCAAAGAGGCUCAACCGUGAAAAUAUACGCAAAGGGAAAAACAAAGAACUGCCUGAGAACGCAUGUUGUUUCAAAUGUUGCAGCAGAGCAAAAGAAGGACAUGAACUUUCGUAACGUGUUUGAGUAUAGAGGGUCAUAUUUAGAUUUAGAGAAUGAAAAGUUAAGAAUAAAAGUAUGGGAGUACAAACAAUUUACUUUAAAUAAAUUAGAAGGAAUAUAUGAAGAGCCAUUAUUAUCAUUUGCUGUUGGUCAAAUAUAUAAUGAAACGACAUUAUAUAAGUUUAUAAAAGAUUCAAGAGUUAAACGCUGUCGUUUAUUUUUUCAAUUAUAUUUUCAAGAAUUAUAUGAUUUUGAACUAUCUUUUUUAAAUUGGUCUUUUAAUGAUUUAUUAUCAUAUAAAUAUAUACAAGCAAGAAGCUUAAAUUAUUUAUGUGCACUAGAUAAAGAACAGAAGAGAUAUUACGAUGGUUCACAAUGUACGAUUUUUCCAAAAUCGUGUAUCAGUAAGAAGAAGAUGAAUAACAAAAAUUUACGGAGAAAGGACAGUGAGAGGGACAAUAAAUCGAACAUUUCCUUAAGUGAGUCGCAUUCCCAUAACUCGGACACGUGCAAUAAGGACAGCAAUAAGAACAGCAGUAAUAAUAAUAAGGAUGGUGGAAGCAAUAACAUCGGCGGCGAUAAAGUCAAAAGUGAUAAGACCGCAAGAAACCUUGAAAAACUCUUUGUUCGAAAUUUGAGCUUGAUGCAAAAUAUAGAAGAAAAUAAAGACCUCUCUUAUAAAAAUUUGGAGAAUGUCAAACUUCCAAACCCCAGGGUAACUAUUACCCUAUGGCAUACCCCAAAGGGAAAUGAAGGACUAAAUCUGGUUUCACUGGAGCAAAAAAGCAUCAGAUUCCCAACAUGGGAGAACCUAGGUGAGAUAUACUUCAGGGGAACACUAAGGGAUCUCGACGUUUCCUACUUGCACGUAAGCGCUUUGCACCAAAUAAAAGUCGAGGACAUGACCGCGCCGAAGAGAUUGCGAAUAGUUGGAACAUGUCAGAUUCCGUUGAAAGGAAUUGUGGACUACCCGUACGUAAUGCACGAGUUAGAGGCACCUACGUGGCUUGUUGAGGAAGCAAAAUAUGAAGGAUGGGAAAAAAAACUAGAAGAAUGGAAACUAGGUAGCUUAGAAGGAAAAGUAGUUAUUCAAAGGGUACCGAGAUAUAGACAAGUAGGAGACUUGUAUCAUUUGGAUAAUAAACACUGUUAUUUAAUAGUUCAUAUAUACAAUAUAGAUCAAAUAGUUACUGUAGAUAAUAUUAAAGAGCUUGACAGUUAUGUGGAGGUUUCUUUUGAUGAAACAAGUAGAAGAACUAGAUUAGUGAAGAAGACAUUAACGCCCAAUUAUGAUAGUCAGAUUGCUAUACCAUUACGAUUUAAUACUAAAAAUGAUGUGAAUUAUCAAAAUUUUAGUAAAAAAGGAUUUAUAUAUAUUGAUGUAUGGGGUAAAACAGAAGAUAUUAUAUACAUUGGAGGUAUAUGUAUUACACCGUAUGAAAUAUUCUUUAAUGAAAAAAACGUGAAAAGAGGUAAAACAAAACUAGAACAUAUUGAUUUAGAAACAGAUGUAAAAACGAAUUAUGAUACUGUAGUUUAUAGAGGAUGUAAAAAAUUAUCUUUUUUACAUAAUGAUCAACGGAUGUCUAAUAUUCAUUUUAGCAUUUGGACGUACCCAGAUUUAUUAAAUAAUGAAAAUAUUAAAGUAGUUGCACCACUUGUUUUUAAUACUACUAAAAAUUUCCCUUCCAAAUUAGCAGAAAAAUAUGAAAAAUUAAAAAUUUUAUAUAUAGAAGUAUUAAGAACAAUCAAAGCUAUACCGGACAAUUGUACAGACGUAACAAAGGCAAAACGAUAUUACAAUUAUGAGUUAUUCAAUCAGAGAAAGGAAUACCAUUUCUUACCAUCAUUACUUACAAAUGUUAAAUCGCCAUAUUGUGAUGAGUCGACUAAUGCAAUAUUUCAUUAUGUGCGUUGUAUACCUUUUGUACAUAAAAAGGAUAAUAUUGCAUUUACUCCAGAUUUUACGUUACAAUUAAAAGGGGGCAAUGCAUUAGAUCAUAGUUUAUUAUUAUGUAGUUUAUUUUUAGGCAUACCUGUCAUAGCUUUUGUAUGUUUUGGUACAUUGUGGGAUAAUCAAAAACAUGCAUGGGUAGCAACAUUUGAAUAUAAUGAAGAAAAAAAUUAUGGACUAGUAAAAUUUUGGGAAACAACAACAGGUAAUGUGUACAUAUUGAAAAGAAGAUUUUAUAAUCUAAAUAAACUAAAAAGUAUAGAAAUAAAAUUAAGUGAAUCUAAAUAUAAAUCUCAUAUAAGAGAUGGAUUUCUUUAUAAAAAUGGAAUCAAUAUUAAUACAGAACGUAUAAAGGAAGACACUAAAAGACAUAUUAAAGAAUUAUUUAAAAAUAGAGUAACUGAUGUACCAAUUGGUGGUCCAUCCUUACCUUAUAAAACAAUAGAUCUAAUUUUUAAUAAUAAAAAUAUUUAUUUAAAUUUGCAAGAAUCUAGUCCUUUAAACAUUUGGUAUGAUUAUUGGAAAUUUGAUUUGUGGUUUCCUUUUUCAUCAGUUGAAUAUAAUAUUAAACCAUGCUUUACUUUAAAAAGUUUUAGUCAUAAAAUGGAAAAUAUGGAGUUAGACAGAAUUGCAAAAGAAUUACGGACAAAUAUUGAAAAAAAUAUUAAUAUAUAUAGAGCAUCUCGAAAUUUGUCUACUAGAUGGAAUAGAGAUGAAACUUUAGAAUUAUUUCUACAAAUCGGAUUAGAAUUAUUACAUCAAUUAAAUACUUCAAGAAAUGAAGAUGCACUUUUAGCAAAGGUUAAAAUUGAGGAUUGGAAAAAAGCUUUAUAUCAUAAAGUUCCACAAAGUCACAGAUUACUUGGAUUUCCUUAUCACUUUAAUACAUAUAAAUCGAAAUUUAUUUCUGAUAAACUUAUAAGUACACUGGCUAUCCUAGAAUCUAGGGAUAGGUCUCUAUGCCUUUCCCUUGCUGUUUGUCUCUACAGCCUUCCGGGGGACUUCAUAUCUGCGUACAUUUACAUAAUCACCUGCGUCAAAAUUACGCAGCGGGAGUUGAAGAAAAUGGAAAUCGCCCGCGAGAAGGCGCAAAGAAAAGCCGAAAUUAAGAAUUCAAAGAAGAAAAAGGACAAAGAAACAUACGAAAAUGGAAACUUCCCAACUUUACAAGAUAUACAAAACAAGGAUGUUCUAACCCCUAAUGAACUUCAGGAUACACUGAAUGAUGGCGCUUAUGAUAUAGAUAAUAUAAAUGAUCCUACGAGCAAAAUGGGAGGAAAUAACUCGGAAAAAAGCAAAGAAAAGAACAAUGAAAGGAACAGGGGUAAAGAUAAUGAUGCACAUAAAAGAUAUUCCGACGAAAACGAUAUACACAAACCUGACGUACAAAAUAUGCAGGAUGAAAAGUCGAAAAAGAAAAAAUUAAGAAAAUCUGUAGAUGCAGUCAAUUUACUUUUAGCAAUAAAAAAUAAAAACAAAGAAAACGAUGAAAAAGGUAUUCACUUUGAUCACAGCAGACGGGACAGCGUUUCCAACAGAUCCGGUAGUUUAAACAGAAAUGUUUGUACAAAAAAUAUAGAUGGAGUGAAUGAAGAUAUAAACAAGAAGAACGAGGAGUUAGAAAGACUACAAGCAGGUGGUGAUACUGACAAGAACUUUGAACCUAGUUUGACCACAGGAUGGAUGUUAAAAAACUCAAAAAAGAAAAAUGGUGGAGAUGUUUCCAGUGAUGUUAAAGGUAAAGAUGACGAAGCGGGUAAAAAUGAUGCUACGGUUGACACGAAAAAGAAGAAAGGGAGUAAAGAACACAAAAAGGAAAGAAAAAAGGAUGGGAAAAAAAAAGGAAAAAAAGAAGGAAAAAAAGAAGGAAAACUUGAAUUCAACAAGUUAAUCAAUUCAAAUAACUAUUUCGAACGAGAAAAAAAAAAACUAAAAGAAGAUAUAGACAAACUAGAAAAAGAAAAAGAAGAAUUUAGAAGGCAAAAAAUUAUGAGAGAGGAAAAAGAAAAACAGAUGUUGUUGGAAGAAAAACAAAAAUUAGAAAAAGAAAAAGAACUUUUUGAGAACGAAAAGUUAGAAAGGAAAAUGUCAUAUAUGCUAAAAAUGAGCCAGUGGGAAAAGAAAGAGAAAGAUAUGAAGAAGAAUGAGGAGAGCUUGAAAAAAGUUGUUCAAGAAGCGCAGCUGUUGGAAAAAAAAAAGAAGGGAAGAGAGAAGAACAAGGGGAGGAAAAAAUAUGGGAAAAGGGAAAAAGCAAAAGAAAGAGAAGAGGAAAUGGAAAAGGAGUGGGAAGCGGAAAUAGGAGCGGAAAGGGAAGCAAAAAUAGAAGCACAAAAAGAAGCAGAUAUAGAAGCACAAAAAGAAGCAGAAAUAGAAGCACAAAAAGAAGCAGAAAUAGAAGCAGAAUUAGAAGCAGAAAUAGAAGCAGAAAAAGAAGCAGAAAGAGAAGCAGAAAGAGCGACGAAAGGAUCAUCACCUAUGGCUGAAGAGGAAAGUGAAAGGGAAAAUUACACAAACACAAAUGAAUUUAGAAGUUUAUGCAGUUUUGAUGAGAAACUCGAUCUGAAUCAAAUAUAUACAAGAACAUCAAAUUAUGAUGAAGAAAACGAGCCAAAAAAAAAGACAAUUAAAAUCCACACAUACAGAAUGGAAAAUAAUGGAUCCACAUCCACCUAUUCUAAAGAAAUGUGUACAGACAAAAAUGAAGACAAUGAUGAAACGAACAUCGCUAGGUAUUUGUACAGUAAAACAUAUAAGAGAGAAACUGGAAAAAAAAAUUAUAAUUAUGACGAGCCCCAUUAUGGUAAGGAUAUGAACAACAUAUCAUAUAAGGAAAUAAAAAAAAGUGACUUGUUUAAAGGUUUUGUUGAACCAUCUGCCAAAACCAAGAAAAAAAUUUUAAUAGUGAAGAAGGAGCAAUGA